AUGACAACACAUCUCAAGAAACUCAAAGAAUCCUACUGUCAAAGACAGGGAGUUCCAACGAAUUCACUCAGGUUUCUCUUUGAAGGUCAGAGAAUGGCUGAUAAUCACACUGAAAAAGAAUUGGGAAUGGAGGAAGAAGAUGUGAUUGAAGUUUAUCAGGAAUAG